AUGACUUCGUCUAGCGACGGCCGCAAUGGCCCCGAGCAACCGCUGGACACGGACGCUUCCGCUGCCCUGUCCGCAGUUGCGACCGUGACUGCGCCAGAUGCCCUCGGCGAAACCACGACGACUGCUACUUCUGCCAUCCCCGCGACCGCCGAGGCCACUUCUCAGGAGGCAGCUACUGCUGCUGCUGCUGCUGCUACCACCACAGACGAUUCUGCGCAGCCGGCCAAGGACCCCGUGUCGCCUUCAACCCCGAAGCGCAAUGGUGACGCGACCAGCGCCACUGCACCACAAACCACCCCGAGGCCUGCCUUGGAAACCCCGAUAAAAAACGCUAGCAACAUUACCUUCGACCGGCCUGUGCCAGACGCUCCAAAGGAUGCCGAUGAGGACACUGAAAUGUCUGGUCAGACUCAAACCCAAGCAGAGUCUUCGCAGCAGCAAGAGCCGCAAACUCAACCUGAACUUCAACCUCAACCUCAACCGCAGCAGGAGCAGCAGCCUCCUCCUCCACUUCACCCUCCAAACGUGGCCAGCGUUGCUACUAGCGAACAGUUUCCUCCCUCUACACCCUUUACUCCCGCCCAGAUGGCGAACCUCGACCAGCAUACCUACAUGAUGAUGGCUCUUGCUUCCAUGUCAGGAGCCCAGAAUGCCUUGUCUCCGCCACCCACAGUUACGCCAUCCCAGGUCACACUUCCGAAUCUUCUCGAUUCCGAAAUGAACGGCACUGGGGCAGUGAGUGCUUUGCGCCAGGCCAACACAGAAAAGGGCCUCGAGUCCUUUGCCCGCAUCGAAUUCGCAGACAGUGUCUUUCAGAUGACAACCUAUGCCGUGAUUAUUGGUCGUGACCAGCGAGCUUUGGAACAAGCACGACGUGACGAGAAGCGGGCAGACGAACACCAGCGCAGGGUAGAGGAAAAUGCAAGCAAAGGUCUGCCGCCGCCUGCACCCAUUCCCCACGACCGAAGCAAGUUCAGCAAAUCCUAUGUCAGUGAGGAAGGUGGAAUGCUGGGUCCUGAGUCUGAUAGUGAGGGUAGUGGGCGGCCGCCCAAGCGACGGAAAACAAGCACCAACGGGUCCUCACAGCCGGAAAAUGAGGAAUCGCAGGAGAACAUCAUCUCAAAUCGCCAAUAUGUGUCACAUACCCCCGGUGCGGCGGCUGUCGAUCUAAGCUCCCUUCGGCCAUCGCCUUACCACGUUCCGUUUAUUGGAAUUCACUCCCCCGGCCCAAACAUUGCCGGCAAGACCAAAGCUAUUUCUAGGGAACAUCUCAAGAUUGCUUACAAUCAGCAAGAGGGUGUUUUUGAGGCACAUCCUCUACACAAGAAUGGCUUCUUUUGCGAAGACGUACACUACAAGAGCGACAAGGUUGUGUUAAAAUGUGGUGAUCGGCUGCAGAUCAAGGACGUUGACUUUCGGUUCAUCAUCAAUGGCGUUGAGAAGGGACGAACUGGCGCAGAAGAGUAUUUGGAGGAGGAGCCAGUGCCCAAGAAACGGCACUCUCAUAGCGGAAAGGAAAUGAGCUUUGACUUUGAGCAAUCACACGGUAACGGGGAGGUUCAGGAUACUAGCGAUGAACUGUCUGAUGUCGAGAUUAGCCCUCCAGCAAUAUCUGAGGGUGAAGAAGGCGAAGAUGAGGGCGAGGGCGAGGGCGAGGGCGAAGAAGGUGGGGAAAACGAGGAUGGCGAAGAGGGUGACGGCGUCGAGCCAGGAGACGACUCUGAACUGAAGAAUGAGUCAACCGCGGAGCUCGAUCCCGCACUACUACAGAUACCCAAGAAGCGAGGGCCUGGAAGACCGCCCAAGAAUGGCAUCAUGUCGAAACGAGAGCAACGCCUACUUAAGAAGCAGCAGCAAGAGAUGGCAAAGAAGACUCUUCCGCAAGCCCCUCCAAUCGAGCCACCAAUCAAGCGCAAGGUCGGUCGACCAAGGAAGCACCCCUUGCCAGAAGAUGGUAGCGAACGUCCAGAGAAACGCAAGUACAAACCGCGUAAACCCAAGGAAGAGGGUGGCGAAGGGUCAGAUGCGGAGAGAAGAGCAAAGGAGAAGAAGGAGAAGAAGGCUCGACCCAAGUCGCCUCCCCUUGAACUCAAGAUUGAGGACUACACGGAUGAACAGCUCCAGAAGCCGAACAAGAAUUACGGUGUUCUUAUUGAUGAAACUCUAACAGCCGCCGGUCCGGAUGGCUUGACCUUGAAGCAGAUUUACAAGAGGAUAUGUCAGAGAUAUCCCUGGUUCUACUUUCAUACGGAGACCAAGGGCUGGGAGAGCAGCGUCAGGCAUAACCUUAUUGGCAACGAAGCGUUCAAGAAGGAUGAAACAACCAACCUGUGGUCACGGGUCCCGGGCGUUGAGCUGGACGCAGGAAAGAAGCGCAAGGCCUCAUCCCCCGAUAGAACCCUGGCAGCUCAGGGAUAUGGACCUUAUUCCUAUCCUUACAACGCCGCUCAGCAUAUGCCUCCGGGAGCUGCCACUGGCUAUCCUCCGGGCCAAGGGCCCCCAGGGUACCAGGUCCCAGGAUAUCCAGCCCAGCCUGGCCAGGCACCUCGCCCUAUGCAACCAUACCCAGCCGCACCAGCCCAACCCGGGCAGCCCAAUACACUGCCAGCACCAGUGGCUGCACAAGCAGUUGCUCCAACACAGUUGCCCGGGUAUGGGCCUCCGCCCGCACCGGCGAGGGCACAGCCUGGCGGUGCUCAGCCAGGAGCAUAUAGUUCUCCUUAUGCGUCAAGACCGCCUCCGCCGCCGUCGAGCGCCCCAGUCAAGACCGAACCAGGUCGAGCACAGCCCGGUGCGGUAGCACCCGCGCCGGCACAAUUACCUCCACACAUUACACCAGCUGCUGCCGCGGCGGCAAUUGGCGGCAAAGCCGCACCCGGCCCGGCGGCUCCUCAACAGACGCCCACACCAGGUAGUCGCCCAGUGGCAACGCCGCCUACCGCUGGGCCUCCAAGACCAGUCAUUGAUCCUCGACUCCUAGCGGCUGUGGUCGGACUCAAAAAUGGGCUUGUUGAGAACCUUCAGAAGGCACGCAAUCCCAAGGCUGAGGCAAUCGUCAUGUCUGCCUUGAAUCGGUGUCUUGGUCUGAAGAGGGAAGCGACAGAAAACGACAAGAUGGAGGCCAUCUGCAUCAAGGGCAUUCAUCAAGUCAUCGAUGGCUUCAACAAGAAGAAUCCGGCGCCAGGAGGGUCCACGUCGACGGAAAGGCCGCCCAUCAUCGACCCCAAGGUGCUCAACUCGUUGAACGGGUUCAAAGAGGUGUCCGUCAGGGCCAUCAAGAAUCGAUUGGGAGAAGCCCGUGCCGAGGUAGUGGCGCUUUCCGCCAUCGACCGCGUCCUCGGCCUCGCUGACGCAAGCAUCGUUCCCCCAAACGGUGAAGGCGAGUCGGCAGCAGCAUCGAGCCUCAACCUCGAAGGCGUGGAGCAGCAUCUGAUGUCGUCUAUCCGCCAGCUUCUCAUAGGCAUGAACCAGAAGAUCAGGGAGGCGUAG